AUGGAUGCAAAAUUGGGACAUCGGCCUAGUCAUGCCUGGAGAAGCAUAUACCAAGGUAUACAACUUGCUAAACAGGGCCUCAAAUGGAGAAUAGGCGAUGGUAACACUGUGAUAAUAUGGCAAGACCUGUGGAUUGAUAACCCUCCUCAUCCAGCCAGGAGAGCGAAUCCAAGUCAGUUAAAUCCAAACUCACUCAAAGUGGUGGAUCUUCUAACACCAAGCACAAAUCAGUGGAAUGAGGAGAAAUUACGCGAAUUAGUGCACUCGGAGGAUAUUAGCCUUAUUCGGAGAAUCAGACCACGUCUUGCCAAGGUACCUGACAUUCCUAUUUGGACAUUUACCAACAACGGUCAUUACUCAGUAAAGUCAGGUUACCAUCAACUCACAAAAGUGGAGGAUGAGACUGUCCCAUCAGCAAAUAAACUUUGGAAGUCCUUGUGGUCUUUGCAAGUUCCACCGAAAAUCAAACACUUUUGGUGGAGAGCCCUUCAUAAUGCUCUUCCGGUUGCUGAGACAUUGGUAUUGCGGAACAUAAAUAUCCCACGAGAAUGUCAUUUUUGUGGAGAAGCACAAGAGACCAUCAUCCACCUCCUUUUCCACUGCAGAACAUCAAGAGAAGUUUGGGAGCUUUCUCAUGUGCCUAUCACUGCAGGUCAGCUAGACUCUCACAAUUUUCUUGCUAGAAUAAUUCAGAUUCUCCUCUCAGCGAAAAACGUAGACUCCCCAAAGGAGUACAUUUUCCCGUUCAUUGGCUGGCGGAUUUGGAAAGCAUGCAAUGCCCUUCUUUACAACAGCAAAAGAUGGUCCAUCCCCGAUAUUAUACGCAAAGCCCUCAUGGACUUUAGACUAUGGAAGGAGGCACAAAAUGGUUUGUUGUCUUAUGACAAUAAGCAUGGACACCAGGAGAAGAUUAAUAUAGCCACCAACAAUGCUAUAUUAAACCAAACUAACUCCUUCUAUUGCUAUACAGAUGGAUCAUGGCUGAACAAUCAAAGCAGAGCUGGGAUAGGAUGGACACUGCCCAAUACCCAGGGCAAAUGUAUUUUAAAAGGAUCCUCCUCAAUUGAACCCACCAAUUCAGCUCUUGAAGCAGAAGCCAUUGCGAUCAAAGAGGCACUCCUCCAGAUCAGGCAUUUGGACUACUACCCAGUAGUUUUCUGCGGAGAUUCGAAAACCAUUUAUACAUACCUGUAG